CGGGCACAGGGGGCGCUGUCCGCCUCCUAAUGGCACAAUAGUUUUGCUCUCGAAUUUUGGAGAGGACGAGGGCGGGUCAAAGCUCUGUGGCCUGGAUGGGGCCCGUCCCCAGGGCUGGUGCUCGCGGGUCCUGGGGGCGGUCCGAAGGGAAAGGGGGCGCACGCCUAACUUCCAACCAGCCCGUCACAGCAGCAGGGGAGCGGGGAGCGCUCCCUGAGCUGGUGCACCGCCGGGUUGGACGGGUCCUGCUCGCAAUCAGAUGUUCUCAUCCCAACGGCCGGCCCGUCGAAGUCCCCAUCUCAGAGGGUUGUUCUUGUGAGGCUCCAAAAGAGCCAGUCUAGACCUAAUGGCGGAGCCGGUCCGCCUGGGCCGGAAGCGCCCGCUGCCGGUUUGCCCCAACCCUCUCUUCGUUCAGUGGCUGACCGAGUGGCGAGACGAGGCAGCCAGCAGAGGGCGUCACACGCGCUUCGUGUUUCAGAAGGCGCUGCGCUCCCUUCGUCGGUACCCGCUACCACUGCGCAGCGGGAAAGAAGCGAAGAUCCUCCAGCACUUCGGAGACAGGCUCUGCCGGAUGCUGGACGAGCGGCUGAAGCAGCACCUGGCAUCGGGCGGGGACCAUGCCCCCAGCCCACCAUCUGCAAAGAAGAAUGAAGCCAGCGAAGGACCACCUGCUCAAGUCCAGGACUCUUCCACGCCAGUUCCCGCCCAGCCUCAAGCAGGGAGCACUAGUGCUGGCUAUUGGCCAGCUCAGAACUCAGGUGCGCGUGAGAUCCUGCUGCAGCUCUACAGGGAGCACCUGAUAAGCAGUCAGAAUCCUGAUGGCCACGGCUUCCUAAUGAAGGAGGAGCUGCUGCAGAAAUGUGCCCAGAAGGCCCCCAGGGUAGUUCCUGGAAGUUCAAGACCCUGGCCUGCCCUUCGAGGCCUCCUUCACAGGAACCUCGUCCUCAGAACACACCGGCCAGCCAGGUAUGCACUGACACCAGAGGGCCUGGAGCUGGCCCAGAAGCUGGCCAGCUCAGAAGGCCCGAGCACUCUGAACACUGGGAUUAGGCCAGAGGAGCCCCGUGGAGAGGAGUCAGCAGUUCCAGAAGCUGCCUUGUCAGAACCUGGCGGCACCAGUGAGGGGGCCGUGCAGCAGCAACCACUGGAGCUGAGGCCGGGCGAGUACAAGGUGCUGCUGUGUGUGGAUAUUGGCGAAACCAGAGGGGCAGGGCACAGGCCAGAAAUGCUCCGAGAGCUGCAGCGGCUGCAUGUGCCCCACACCGUUCGCAAGCUGCAUGUGGGGGACUUUGUGUGGGUGGCCCAGGAGACCAGGCCUGGAGACUCAGCAAGACCUGGGGAGUUAGUCCUGGACCACAUUGUGGAACGCAAGCGGCUAGAUGACCUAUGCAGCAGCAUCAUCGAUGGCCGCUUCCGAGAGCAGAAGUUCCGCCUGAAGCGCUGUGGCCUGGGGCACCGGGUAUACUUGGUGGAGGAACAUGGAUCUGUCCACAACCUCAGCCUUCCUGAGAGUACAUUGUUGCAGGCUGUCACAAACACACAGGUCAUUGAUGGCUUCUUUGUGAAGCGUACCAUGGAUAUUAAGGAGUCAGCUGGCUAUCUGGCCCUUUUGACGAAGGGCCUGGAAAGACUGUACCAGGGCCGCACCCUGCGCAGCCGCCCCUGGGGAACCCCGGGGGCUGCUGAACCAGGAGCAGAGCCUUCCACCAAUCCUCUCUGCUCGCUCCUCACCUUCAGUGACUUCAAUGCAGAAGCUGUCAAGAAUAAGGCCCAGUCUGUGCGAGAAGUAUUUGCCCGGCAGCUGAUGCAGGUGCGUGGACUGAGUGGGGAGAAGGCAGCAGCCCUGGUGGAUCGAUACAGCACUCCCGCCAGCCUCCUGGCUGCUUACGAUGCCUGUGCCACCCCUAAGGAGCAGGAGAUGCUGCUGAGCACCAUCAAGUGUGGGCGUCUGCAGAGAAACCUGGGACCUGCUCUAAGCAGGACCCUGUACCAGCUGUACUGCAGCCACGGCCCUCUGACCUGAGCGACACCGGGAGACACAGCCCCGCACCCAUCUGCACCUCCACCAAGGCUUGCUAGCUUUCUAACUGGGAUCCUUCAGCUAUAAUAAAAAUGUAAAUGUU